AAAUCAAAAGUGGCAAAGAAUCCUCCACGAGAAAAAGUAGUGAUCGCAGAGAGCGAUCUCUUCCGCGCACCUCAUUGGCAUCCCCUUCCUUUCCAAGAUCCUCUCCUUCUCUCUUUCUUUCUCUCUCUCUCUCUCUUCCUUUGCGAGGGACUACGUAGCCACACAUCCAUUAAUUUAACUCCCUUCUCCCCCCACAACCCUAGCCAGACCUCCUCCUCAGGCCUUCCGGAGGACACAUGAUCGCUGCUGCCAUGUCGGGGUCCAACGACGUGUGCUGCGGCGCAGACGGCGGCGCGUGCCCCCACUGCACCGACCUCAACCGCGCGAUUCCGGUGCUGUUCAACGAGCCCAUGCGCGAGUUCCAGUUCUUUGGCCACGACGACUCGGUGGAGUGGAUGUUUAGCGACCCUAAGGACAGUGAUCCGCCGCCGGAACAGCCGCACAAGUAUCUUGAUGGCUUGGGAGGGGGAGGUGGUGGUGGUGGUUUUGACUCCGGACGUGGCCUCACCUUUGAUGUUUCCUUGAAUAGCUCCGCGAGCCGGCUGCCGGAGACAGUCCCCAUGAUGGCGGCGGCGUCGAGUGCCACCAUCAUGUCCUUCGCGGGGAGCACAUUCACUGACGCUUCGAGCGGGAUGAAGAUCAGAGAAGGCAUGGUCGGCGACCUGCAGGGUGACCCAACAAUGGAGAGGGAAGCCAAGAUCAUGAGGUACAAAGAGAAGAGGAAGAAGAGAAAAUACGAGAAGCAGAUUCGAUACGCGUCAAGGAAGGCCUAUGCCGAGAUGAGACCGAGGGUAAAAGGGCGUUUUGCAAAGACAUCAGAGUCGACAGAGAUCCAGCCACUGUCCGGGCAGCAGCCUUAUGAUCUUCAUAGGUUUGACUCAAGAUGGUUCCAUUAAGAAGAAGAACAAGAUGCAUGAUGAUGAAGAUGAUUAUAUAUAUAAUAGCUCGCUUAUAAUUCAUGUACCUGCCUAUAAUAAAGUACAUGUAUCUAAUUAAUGAAUGAGGUGUGGUUUAGAGAUUUCUACUAAGUAAUAUAAUUAAAUAGUUAUAUAAUAUAA